CGCGACCUUGGGGGUGAGGCCGACGAGGCAGAACCCAAGGAGUCCAUACUGCGCCAGGACGGCAGCGGUGAGCCCAUCGAAGUUGUGGAGGUUCCUGAGCACGAGCUUGCUCGCCAGGAUGGUGACAAGGGGCAAGCCAAGGAGAGUCUGCUGGGCGAGGACGAGGCGACAACGGCGGAGGCACAGUUGCUACCCGANCCGGUGAAAAUGCCGACGUCCCUGAGCGCGAGGUGGGCGGUUCACCAGUGGAAGCACAGCCGAAGGAGUCCAUACUGCGCCAGGACGGCAGCGGUGAGCCCAUCGAAGUUGUGGAAGUUUCUGAGCGCGAGCUCAGUCGAUUGCCUGCUAAAGUGA